AGCUAGUUAGCAUCUAUUUAGUCUAUAUUGUGGUAAAAUGGUGUCGCAAAGGUCAAAAUUAAACCUCAUCAUACUCCUCAGCUUGUACAUAGUCAAUAUUAUGAAGAUUGAAUCAGCUACGUAUAUGCUUCAAAUGACAGUUGAUGGAUCAGAACAAAUGACUGUUAAUUUCGACGGGAUGAACUUUACUUUGAGUGAUGACCUCACACUAAAAAUUCAAGAUAAUGACUGUACAAGGACAGUUUCCUUGCAACCGCCGACCGAAGAUGAGCUGAUAACUGGAAGUGGAUAUCGUUCGGGUUCUCAGCUGUGCAAAAGUUGGUUUGCACGAAACCGACAUAAUCAUCAGGAAAUGGACGAAGUGAAGGAAUACUAUGAAGGAAGUGAACCUUAGAGUAUGGCUGUGCA